AUGGCACGCGUACCACGCAAUAGAUUUCUUGUUCCUGGAAUUCCACGUUACUCUCGUAGCAAAAUUUUUGCCAAAAAGGCCUUAUUCAAACGCAAGAAGGAUAAAAUUCCUAAGGCCGUACCUGAAGUCAAGACUACCAAAACAGUCCAAAUUAAAGGAGAUAAAAAUGGUGGAGAACGUGUUGUUCCAUUAGAAAAAGCUCCACGAUUUUAUCCAGCAGAAGAUGUUCCUCGACCAAAGAAAUCGCGAAAAGUUCACAAAACGACCAAACUUCGUUCUUCUAUUACUCCCGGUACAGUUCUUAUCUUAUUGGCCGGUCGAUAUAAUGGAAGGCGUGUUGUCUUUUUAAAACAGCUCAAAAGUGGUUUAUUGUUGGUAACCGGUCCAUUUAAGGUUAAUGGUGUUCCAAUUAAGCGCGUCAAUCAAUCUUAUGUCAUUGCUACCUCUACAAAGGUUGACAUUUCUACUUGUUCGCUUGACAAAUUUGACGAUUCAUAUUUCAAAAGAGAAAAGAAACCUAGUAAAAAAGGUACUGAAGAAGAAUUCUUUGAUGAAGGUAAAGAGCAAAAGAAAGUAAUUCCGAAAGAAAAAGUUGACGCUCAAAUCGAACUUGAUAAACAACUCUGUGCUAGUUUGAAAAAGAUUCCACAUAUUCAAGAUUAUUUACGCGCCAGAUUUUCACUUACAAAAGCGCCCGCUAAAUGA